AUGAGAAACUGCUAUAGAGCAGAAAUUUCAAAUUUUCCUAAAGAAUUCGACGUUCCAGCCCCAAAUGGAUGGGUUGCGAAAGUACACAGAACCAAAGAGCCAGGCAAAACGUAUGAUUUGUGCAGAAAGGUAAGCUUUUAAAUACUUUUAAUUAUAUUCGCUUCGGUAUAAUACAGUGCAGUCUGUGAGUGGCCAGUUUUGUCUCGGCUGUGACGCUCAGUUAACUCUGCCAUUUAAGAAUUUAAAAAAAUUUCAUAUUGAAUCUUUAAGCUCGUUUUUGUCUGGCUUCGUUAAUGAAUCGCCGAAGUUCUAGUAGCUGUGUCUGAUUUACAUGGGAUUUAGAAGUGUCUAGUCAUUUAUAAUUUUCCAAGGUAUUAAUUACAUCUCCAGGCCAGAUUGAAUAGCCUUGUAUGUUAUAGAGUUCUUCGUUAAGGAAAGGACUCUUUUUCUCCACUGAUAAUAAAAAUCGGUGUUUUCUAUCUCAACUCAGGAUGUUCAGACGCAGGCCAUCGCCCAGGGGCUGGGAAAGAUAUUUCGACAAAAAGCCAAAGGCAUCAGAGGCUUUGGUGAAUUCCCAAAGUAUGUAUUUAAAGGCCUGCCUCUUAUCUUUUGUCGUCCUUUCUAAAAUUUCUUAUGAUGUUAGCCGGGUUCACUUUAUAUGUCUGUGCCCGGGCCCCCAAAAGGCGAAUGUGCAGUACUCUACGACAUAACUAAUACUUUGAUAACUUACUAAUGUCUGUUGCAGUCCUCGAUGGACGUAGAAACAUCAACGAACGUCGACUGUUGCGCUCUUUGCCCUCACUUCUUUCGCCCUGUUUAACGUUUUGAAAGUCUGUAAGGUCUUUUUUUUUGGUAAUCUUCUUUCCUUUAUGUUCAUGCUCGAUAGGAUACUUCCAACCUUUCUGGUGCAACGGCAAGGAACAACAGAGUUCCUGACCGUAGAGCCAAUGAUCAACCCUUCCAACAAGUACAGAAAAUUUAUUAACAACGAUGGGCUACCAACGGAAUUCGGCCGAAGUUGCCACUUGGGUCUAAAAUGCUUGGCAUUCGUCCACUGGACCUUGGUGUUCACGCGUGGUGAAUUCCUCAUUUGUGACGUACAAGGUUAGAAAUAUUAAUACAGCUUUGAUCAGUUGAUGUAGUAGAUCUUGACCAUAAGUCAAAAUAUGUAAUUAUAUCAACCACAAUCAUAUCGAUUCGAUUGUUUUUCAAUCAUUAAGAAAAUAAUUUAGCGUACAAACGAGUGAUCCUUCUGUUAUUUUACCUUUCUGUAGGGACGGAGAAUGCGCUUACAGACCUCCAACUGGCAUCAGUGGACAGGAAGUAA